ACCCCGCGGCUGCUGCGGGAGCUGCCGCCCCUCCCCCACCUGCCCCACCUCAAACGGGUCCGGGCGGGGCCCGGGGGGGCGGAGCUGCUGCUGAGCCUCGACCCCGCCCACGGUGAUGGAACCCCCAUCGAUUACAUCACCGUCGAUGAUGACGUCACCGAUUACGUCACCGAUUACGUCACCGCGACUCCCGGGGCUGAAAAAUGGACCGGUACCACCAGUAAAACCAGUAACACCAGUAAAACCAGUAACACCAGUAAAACCAGUACCAGCAGGGCUACGGGGACCACCAGUGACACCAGUGCAACCAGUACCAGUGACACCGAUACCAGUGACACCAGUAAAACCAGUACAACCAGUACCAGUGACACCAGUACAACCGGUACCAGUGACACCAAUACCAGUGACACCAGUAAAACCAGUACAACCAGUACCAGUGACACCGGUACCAGUGUCCCCGGUGACACCAGUACCACCAGUACCAGUGACACCAGUACAACCGGUACCAGUGACACCAGGACCUCCAGUGACGCCUCUGCUACCAGUGGAACCAGUAACACCAGUGCCACCAGUACCACCGGUAACACCAGUAUGAGGGCCACCAGUGACACCAGUACCACCAGUACCACCAGUACCACCAGUACCACCAGUACCAGUGACACCAGUACCACCAGUGACACCAGUACCACCGGUGCUUUGACUUCCUCUGAUGGUUCCAGUGUCCCCAGUGCCACCAGUACCACCGGUACCAGUGACACCAGUACUGGUGACACCUCUGCUACCAGUGACACCAGUACCUGUGACACCAGUACCACCAGUGCAACCAGUACCAGUACCACCAGUAUGAGGGCCACCAGUACCACCAGUGCAACCAGUACCAGUAUUACUGGUACCAGAGCUGUCAGUACCAGUACCACCAGUGCCACCAAUACCAGUGACACCAGUGCCACCAAUACCAGUGACACCAGUACAACCAGUGCCAGUGGCUCCAGUACCACCAAUACCAGUGACACCAGUACCACCAGUGCCACCAUUAUCAGAGCUACCAGUGCAACCAGUGCAACCAGUACCAGUGGCUCCAAUAACACCAGUACCAGUGACACCAGUACCACCAGUACCACCAGUACCAGUGACACCAGUACCACCAGUACCAGCAGUACCAGUGACACCAGUACCACCAGUGCCACCGGUAUCAGAGCCACCAGUGCAACCAGUACCACCAGUCCCAGUGACACCGGUACCACCAGUCCCAGUGACACCAGUCCCACCAGUGCAACCAGUACCACCAUUACCAGUGACACCGGUACCACCAGUCCCAGUGACUCCAGUACCACCAGUCCCAGUGACACCGGUGCCACCAUUACGAGUGCCACCGGUGCCGGCAGUCCCGGUGUCCCCGCCGGUAUCCGCUGGCCGCCCGCCGUUCAGGCCGCGCUCUUUCCGCCUGUUCCUCCGCCUGUUCUGGGUACCCCGUUCCGCGUCCGCCUUCCGGGCCGCGUCCCCGCUCCGGGCGCGGAGUCGUCGGCCGCGUCGGCCGCGGCGCUGUGGCCGUGGUGGCGCCGGGCGCCGGCGGCGCCGCUCCCUCCGGCGCUGUCGCGGCGCGAGGCGCGGCUGGCGCGGGCGGCCAUGGCGGUGGCGCGGGCGGCGGGCGCGGGGCGCGGCGCGGGGGCGGCGGCGCUGGAGCCCGGCACCGGCCGGGUGUUGGCCGUGGGCUGGGACCGGAGAGGGGAGGCCGGGGACGGGCGACACCCGCUGCGGCACGCCGCCAUCGACUGCAUCGGCCGCGCCGCGCGCGAGAGACGACGCGGGGACGGCGCGGCCGGCGGGGGCGACGUCAUCGGGAGGGGCGGUGACGUCAUCGGGAGGGGCGGUGAUGUCAUCGGGAGCGGGAGUGAUGUCAUGGCUGGGGGAGGCGACGUCAUCGGGAGGGGUGACGUCAUCAGGAAGGGCUGUGAUGUCAUGGCUGGGGGAGGUGGCGUCAUCGGGAGGGGCGACGUCAGUGGGAAGGGAGGUGACGUCGUCGCGAGCGGGAGUGAUGUCAGCGGGAGGGGCGGUGACGUCACCAGGAGCGGGGGUGAUGUCAUCGGUAGAGGUGGUGAUGUCAUCAGGAGGGGCGGUGACAUCACGGAGAGAGGGACGGCGCGAUGA